AUGGCUCAAGAAGAAGAACUACCAUAUCCUACUGUUAAAUCUGUGCUUUCCAUUCAAUCACAUGUUGUACAUGGAUACGUGGGAAACCGCACAUCGACAUUUCCUCUCCAAGUUUUGGGGUGGGACGCAGAUGUACUCAACACGGUGCAACUAUCAAAUCAUACAGGCUACGGAAAGAUCUUUGGACAAAAGCUGAGUGCUGAAGAGAUCUGGACACAGUACGAAGGGUUGCGCAACAUUGGCAUGCAUCUGGAGUAUGAUGCAGUUUUAACAGGGUAUGUUCCCACAGCAGAUGGUACAAGAACCGUUGGAAAAAUUGCUGCAGAUAUUGUUAAAUCACAAGAAAAAGAAAAAGAAGAGAAGACUCAGGGGGGGAAUGGAGAAAAAAAAAAGAGCCAGGCAAUUUGGAUCCUGGACCCUGUAAUUGGAGACAAUGGGCGGUAUUAUGUGGAACAGGACGUGAUCCCCGUGUACCGCGAGAUUUUACGUAACGGAGGUGUGACAGCCGUAACUCCCAAUCAAUUUGAAGCCGAGGUACUAACAGGGAUUACAAUCAAGACGCGUGGGGAUGUGAUACGGGUGCUUGAUGUAUUUCACCGGGAGUACCGAGUGCCACAUGUUAUUUUAACAUCGAUGAAACUGGAUGCAGAAGCAGAUACGAUUUGGAGUGUGGGGUCUUCAUUAGAGUCUUGUGGAGUGGAGGGUAGCGUAGAAGUUCCCCACGUUUUUUACUACGAGUAUCCGUCGCUCAAGGCGUACAUUACAGGUACGGGGGACUUGUUUGCGGCGUUGCUUGUUGACCGAUUGCACAAGUACUUGGAACUGGCUCGGGGGGAUGCCAAUGGGUUUGCAAAAGUUAUUGCAGGGGCAGCAGAAGCAGCAGAAGCAGAAGCAGAAGCAGAAGCAGAAGCAGAAGCAGAAGCAGAAGCAGAGGGGGAACCAGGUAAAGAAGAUGCGCGGUAUAUUCCGUUGGCGUUUGCACUAGGCGAGGUUCUUGGAGUUGUACAAGCUGUGAUUCGACGGACUUUGGCAAACCCUGCGUUGAAGACGGUACAAGCGGGAGUAUAUGGAAAUAUUGAGUCGAUGAAGAAUGGGGAGCUUAAGUUGAUCCAGUCGCGUGAUUUGAUACCCGGAACAGCGAUUCCCUAUCAGGUACGAAAGUUUGAAGUGUAG